AUGGCCUGCUUAAAGAUUCAAUGGCCAGAUUUUACGUGGCCGAACAACUUAUCGCCGGCAAAUACGGCGGAGCCACAAUUAGCUGAACCAAGAUGCAUCGUCGAUGCACCGAUAUUAGAUGUUGAUAUUAAGCGAGUGCAAUUUGAUCGCAAAUAUUACGAGUCACAUCAGUUGUUCCACGCGACUCUCAGGUGUGGGUGGUGGCAAAAGGAGGAAAUAAAGCGGUCGCAUAUAUUCCUUCAGGGGUCGUACACACUAACACCUGCGCGCAACCUCACCUGCUAA